AUGCAAACUGAUUCGCGAUCAUCACUUAAACGAGUAACAGCUGAAUAUGGUUCUGAUUUAUCACUUUCAUGUACAUUUCAAAAUAAAGAUAGUGAUGAAAUUAUUGUACAAUGGCUUUUUCAAAAUUCUACUGAUACUAAUCAUCGAAGAUCUAAAAGUCAUUGGAAACCAUUAUUUCUUAAUACACAAUCAUUAAUACCAAGAGAAACACGUUAUAGUAUUCAACAAAAAAUACAAAAAAUUAAUCGGACAUUUAUUGCAUAUUCAACAAUCUUAACAUUAACUAAAAUAACUGAUUCUGAUGAAGGUCUUUAUAUGUGUAAAUCACUUUUACCAAAAACAAUUCAAAUGACAUAUCAAGUUCAAGUUAUACAAAGCCUUGAUAUAAAUCCUAAACAACUGAUAAUACCAUCGGAUGAAAUGGGUAAAUAUUCUAUUCAAUUAAGUUGUAUAUUAAAAGAUAAUCAUACAAAUCGACGUCAUCAUGAUAUCUUUUGGUGGCAUAAUAAUAAACGACUCGGUUCACGUACAAAUCGUUAUGCACGUAUAAUAAAAAAUUUUACUCAACAUUCAGUUACUUCAACAUUAUUUUAUACGGGUGAUUCAUCAUUUAUUACUGGAAAUUAUGUAUGUGAAUCUGAACCAUUACGAAGACAUAUUUCAGUUAAAUUACAAACAAAUAUUUCAUCAAGUUAG